CGGCGCGAGAUUGUGUGUGUUUCUGAAUUUCCUGGCGCUGCUGCUGCUGCUGGCUGUUGUUGAGCUGAGAGACGCGCGCGCACGCCGAAUGAAAAUAAGCCGCAUCGCGGUCUCUGGCAGAUAAAAUCCGAGAAGAUAAUUAGUAUUUAGUUCGGGAAGUGUGCUCGGCCGGGUUGGCCAAAUGAAAGAAAUCGUGCCGUGUUCCGGGAUCCCGGUGUGCCGGAUUUGCAACCCAGUAAAUAAGUGACCUACGCCUAGGCGUGAAAGUUUUUCCGCCUCGCGCGAAUCGGUGGCGUUGAACGAGGUCAAGUGAAAUCUGCGCGCGGAAUCGUCGCGGUGGUCUUUCUUCAUCGAUCGCAAGUGGAGGUCUUCAUCGGAAGUCCCUUCCCUGGGACACUGGCAAAGAACGAGGCGGACAGAAAAUCUGCUGGCACGCAAGUGUCCGAAAUCCUGGAUUCAGACAGCCAAAAAUUAAUGUCUUCCUUUUCACCGAAAAUGACUUUCAAAGUGAAUAAUUAUUCCUGGACAACGUCCAAGUGCUGCGCCGAUCUGUGGCGGUGGGCCACAAUCAUAAUUAAGGUCAACGGCUGCCGGGUGAACCGGGUAGGACCCUCUCAUUGAACGGUUGGGGCCCGAUUUCUGAGACCCCAGAGCCGAUACACAAAACAGGCAUCAGGAGCUGUGCGUGUGAUAUCCGCCCCAGGGCUUUUCGGACUUCGCCUCAUAAUUGAUGACUUAAAAGCAAGUGACGCUUCCAAAGCCACAGCCAUGAGCAUAAUACUUACACGUACCCCGUAAUGAUAUCGAAAGACGGCAGAAGAAAAAAGAACCAAACGUAUCACGACUUAAUUAAAAUUCAAUAAAAAUCAAAAGAAAAGUGCACCAAGUGAAAACUCCCAAGUGACCCAGUCCAACUGCAGUGCAAGUGCUCGUGAAAGUGAUCUGCCCCAACUUUCCUUCCCUCCAUCUCCGGUUUUGUACUCGUUCAUCCUGUUCCGGGUGGCCAUCACGCCGAGAUUCAACACAAUCCUCCUCAACCCCCCUCAUUCAAGGGCCCACCACGACUUAGCCGAUAUUUUCCUUUAUCGACCAGCUCGCUAAUUGACAACAUAAUAAAGCGCCGGAGUGGCAAACAGCCGGGGGCUAUCGCUUUGCGUUUUUCGAAAAACAAAUACGACAACGACUUCCGCCCCCCGAUAAGUUCGAUCAAAAUUGCAACAUGCGUAUUGUGCUGGUUUCCAUUUAUCUGAUAUUGAUUAUGCCCAUUACUGGAUCUUGGUGGGCUGAAGGCAGCAACAUUCUCCUGGAUCCGGCCCAGGUGUGUGAGAACAGAAACAAAAAAACGCGACGACCUACCGGGAAACUGGCCGAGAUCUGCAAGAAUGACACAUCACUGAUGCGGGAGAUCAAGCGGGGAAUCAAUCUUGGCUUCCGGGAGUGCGAGAACCAGUUCCGGAACAACAUGUGGAACUGCUCUUGGACCAUCAAACGGAGCAUGCGCCGGAUUCUCACUAGGGAUACCCGGGAGACGGCCUUCGUACACGCUAUUACGGCCGCUGGGAUUACUUAUGCGGUGACCAAGGCCUGCACCAUGGGUGACCUGGUGGAAUGUUCCUGCCAAAACCACAUGAAGAAAACGGUUCAAAAUUAUCCGAGCCUGGGUACGAUGGAUUCGAAUAGUCGCAGACGGCCAGCGGUCAAUCGAAAUCCGCCUGCUAAUCCCAAUAAUCUGGGCAACAGACGGGGCACCAAGAAGCCAAAAACCAUCAAUCGAAGGAUGAGUCCACGGAAUACUAUGCUGAUCACAUCCUACAGUAAUGCCAAUCCGAAUCAGUACAAUAAUCUGCCGGUGGCCAGUAGGAAGGAGAUCGUUAAGUCGUUGCAGCAUCCGAAAUCCAUGACUGGAGGAACGAAAGGGCAGGACGGGACCUGGGAGUGGGGUGGAUGUGAUGAUAAUGUCAAUUUUGGGUUUCGGAAGUCCAAAGAUUUCCUGGAUGCUCGGUUACGGAGAAAAAGUGACAUCCGUACGCUGGUUAAACUGCAUAACAACAAUGCUGGGCGAUUGGCCGUCAAGCAGUUCAUGCGGAUGGAGUGCAAGUGCCACGGUUUGUCCGGCUCCUGCACCAUGAAAACCUGCUGGAUGAAGAUGCCACCCUUCUCGGAGGUCGGAACCCGGCUGAAAGAGCAUUUCGAUGGAGCAACUAAGGUCAUAGCGACCAAUGAUGGGCAAGGUUUCAUGCCGGACGAUCCAUCGAUCAAGCUACCCACCAAGCGAGAUUUGGUUUACACCGAGGAAUCGGACGAUUUCUGCGAACCGAAUGCCAAAUCCGGAUCCCUGGGAACGCAUGGGCGUGAAUGUAACAUAACCUCAAACGGGGUGGACGGUUGCAAUUUGAUGUGCUGCGAGCGGGGCCAGAUCCGGAAACAGGUCGAGGUCAAACGGAACUGCAACUGCAGCUUUAAGUGGUGCUGUGAAGUCACCUGUAGCACCUGUAUCGAUCUGAAGGAUGUCUAUACGUGUAAAUAGGUUUAGGUGCAUUAGAUUUUACUUUUUUUUAGAAACAGUUAUUUAGCGGAACGAUACACAAAACAGUGAUUACCCUCUGGAGGGGACCACACAGGCAAGACUGAUUGAAGGUGACAACGGAACGGAACGCAACGACAGUUGGUGGUUGGUUUAGCAAAAAAUUUUGGCUGUAAACGGAUUCAAAAAUUAGAUACAAGUUAAAUAGAUGAAACAAAUCAAAUUGUGUUAUGGCAUUGGAACUUACCAGAUCUUAAA